AUGUCACUAAAUCCACUUAACGAAUUAAAACGACGGUUAGACGACGUGAAAACACCAUUGCCCAAGCGCCUUUGCCUUGCUAAAAAUGUAGUGCAAUCCCAUCACUUCCCCACCGCACCUAAGGAGAGAAUUGUGGCAGAAUGGCUUCAAGAUCUUGCAGAACGAAAUAGUUUGAAAACUGAAGAUCUGAAGAAUGUUCUUGACUGGCUGUCAAUUGUAGAUGAUUUCACAAAUGAAUUGAAGAGCAAAUUGAUACAGAUUGUGUCACUAUAUCUUCAAAGACAUCCUCUACAAACUACAGAUAUACAAUAUAUAAUAUCAUUCCUUGAGAACCAUAAAAUAUCAACGCAACUACAUGUCCAAAUUGAUGACUACCUGACAAUAACUAUAACUUUACUGCAACAUUUACGCAAUGCUGAAAAUUGUUCAAAUUUAAGUAAAAGAAUUUUAAUCAACUUCAUAAAAUACUAUAGAGAAUCAAAAAAGAAGUUAGAUUUUAUUAUAAAACUGCUGAAUGGAGAAAAUAUAGAAACCAUAUUUAGUUUUCUGGAUACCGAGUGUCGCAUGUCAGCAAUAGAUGUCUGCCAAAACAUCCUAUUUCCGAUUAGUAAAAAAUCAUAUUUUAUCAGCUUCUUACAAACGUUGAUCCGUAAAGAUAAUCUCGAAGAGCUAAUAGUAGAAAAAGGAGAUAACAUACAAUCUGUUAUAAAAAUCAUGAAUACCUUUUUUGAGUUCCCUAAAAAUCGUUCAAAUACUGACACGAAAUUUCUUCAGAAUUUUAUUGAUGUGUUUGUAAGUUCCUUUCAAAAAGAAAAUCAGAUAGUGUUUGCUUUUUAUAUAAUGGUGACGAAUGUAUUACAAAUGGAACAGAAUUUUAUAACUCCUGCUAUGAACUUAACGCAAAUAACAUUAAGCGAAAAUGAUAACAAAGUUAAAAGGUCUCUAUUUCUAAAUAUGUUAGAAGUUUUAUUGGACAAUGAAGUUGAUGUAAAUGUGCGUCUAACGGAUACAUUUGGUGAAAAGAUAUCAAAAGUAGAAAUAAAGAAAAAUUUCACUUCUUUUCUUCAAGCUGUCAUGAUGAAUCAACUCAAAUUAGAAGGCAAACUUGAUAAAACUACCAUAUUAAUAAUAAAAACUGCUUUAAAACUUGAUCCCAUACUCAUCGAACAGAAAAAUCAAACUAUACUGCCUGCCAUUAUGACGGCUAAAAAAAACAGCUUAAGUAUAACAGAAUCAUAUACAGAAAUGUUAAACUGUUUAUUGGAAACAUUGUUUAAAUUAAGUAGAGGUACCCUAUUUGUUACUGAAAUUCUACCACCAAUAAAAACUAUUUUGGAGGUUGUUAACACUGAGCAAUUUGAAAUCAAACAGAAAGUAAAAGAGGCUAAGGAGUCCGGAGAAGAGUAUCAAAAACUGGAGUGUAAAAUACUCACAGGAUCUGAUUUAUUUCCUCAAGAAUGUGUCGAAAUGUAUGGAAAAUUGACUUCUGAAUUGAUGUUUAGACAAAACAAGGAAUUGUUGGAAUUGCUUCAAAAAGAUCUAGAGGUCCAUUGCUUGAUGAUGUUAGAAGAAGGAUUCGUUAGUCCUUCUAUAAUAGUUCUCACGGAAGUCUUGUCGUCCAUCUUAUCGUCAUUCUUGUACUAUAACAAAAUGGCAGGUCAUACUGUCCCGCUAAAUAUAUCUGAAGAUUUCUGGAAUGCCUAUAAAAGGUUCGAAGAAGAAUGCUUGCGCAAGUUUGGAGAAUGUGUUUUGAAACUCAGUUAUAAUCCACCCCUAGUGUUGUCAUUCCUGAAACUGUGCCAAAACUUUGCUCAACUAAAGCUUUUAAACAUAAAGUACAGCAAUGUAAAACUGGAAAUAUCUCAGUGCACCGAUACAUCGGAGCUCUUUAACCUGAGUGAUAUACUGCCAUGCUUGAAUAAAGAGCAAUGGAUAGAGAUGGCUGGGAAGAUUGCAGAUUAUGAAGCUGUUGUUGUUUUGAAUAACUUACUUUUAAUUAAAACGAUGGCCAGUCAACUCUUAUCAAUAAGAAAUGGUGAAGAAUACAAUAAAGAAAUAAUCACAUCCACUAAAGCACAUCUUAUAAAACAAAUUUGCGAGAAUCCAACACUUUUACAAAACAAUAGCUAUUGUAAUGUAUUGUUUUCGGAUUUGGACAAAACACAUACAAAACAGUUGGCCAAAUGUUUGAUCAAACUACAUUUAGCAAACCCGGAACUUGACGUAUUACAAUCCAUUGCUGUAACGAAUAAUAGAACAUUACUGAACUUAUUGGUAUUGGAAACUGCCAAAAAUAUUACGAAAUGUUUUGAAAACACAGAUCCGCUGAACAAAAUGAUAGGAAAAUCAAAUUUCAAUAUGGUUUCCUUCAUAAAAGAGACAGAAGUAGUACAAUAUUUCGAACAACUCAGUAUACAAGAAGAAAACCAAGAUGAUAUAAAAAUACAUGUUAAUAUAUUAAAGCAAUUACCUCUCUGCUAUUUAGAGGAAAACUACCAGUUGGUAGCAAUAUUUUUACUGUUGGCAAUCAAGAAAUCUACCAAUGUAAAGAAAUUAAAACGCAAUAUAGACACCAUUCUGCAAAGUAUAUACGAAUUGAGUUUGCAGCAACCAGAUUUAUAUCAAAUAUUUCCUAUUGAAUACAUAUUCUCAUUCCAAGACAAUACAUUACUGGAUCUUUUAACAUUGAAGCUAAGAAACACAAAUAAUUUAUUAAUAAUUAAAAGUCUAUUAGAAUUGGCCGUAAAAAAAGUUCGCACUGAUAGCGAAUUAGUGAAAACAAUAGUUACAAAGUUAUUGAAGAAGAAUAAAAAGAAAGUAUCUGAUAUAGAAUCAUUUAAUGACCCUGCGUUCCAAGUAACUUGCCUUAGUUUGCCUCUCAUAGUGAAACAGAAGAAGGCAAUAACUGCAAGCGCUUUUCGGUCAAUACUAGCCGAUUUACAAGAAAAACUUCAGAAAGUUUUAUUGGAAUCAUUUAAAAGCAUAGAUUUUAAUAAUAGUAGUAUUUUAGUUGAUAGUAGCAGCCAUGACGAUAGUGCAGUACAAAAUGAUAGUGUGGCAGUUUUGAAUGCUAUGCCGGCGUAUUCUUUAACUCUGUCAAAGUAUUGUGAAUGUACAGAUGGUGAUGAAAUUAAAAAUCUGGAUUAUUUAUGGUCAGCAUUGGAAUUCUUUAUUAAGAGUGCUAUAAAAUCCAUUGAAAACGUCAACUCAAAAACAAAUCACGUCGAAGCAUCUAUCCAACUAUUGAACGCCGUCCUCCGUAAUAUUAAAAAAUUGGAAACUCAUGAAGUAUUUAAAGAAAAAGAUAAAAUAUUUCUACAAAUAUAUAAGAGUAUCAAAGAAAGAUUAAUACAGGAACAGAAUAAGAAAGUUCUAAGUAGCAGUUGCUUAGAAGAUUUAAGUUUAACAUUGAAGUUUGUAUGUGAACUAUCCUCCGUGGAGUUUUACAGCAAUCAUUUUAUAAAUGAUCUAUCCAGUUUGGUUGUUUUCAAGAAACCCUGUGUAAUUGUAUCUGAAGACAACGGUGACGUCAUAAAUAGAAAAGUAUUUAAAUAUCUUUGGACACAGUGUUUGAAGGCCAAUAUUGUAGGAUCAAAAUGUGUUGCCAUGUCAAAAUUAAUGCACCGUAUUUGUAAGAAUUUGAGGAAUUGGAUACGACAACAUUAUGACAUUGAAGAUGGUGUUACCAGAUCAAAUACUGAGGUUUCUACUGAUGAUGAUAAGGUGGUAAAGAUUGUAAAAAUUGAUGAUGUGGUUUGUGAACUAAUGAGGUUGGACUUGGAUUCGUUAAGUGAAAUACUUUUAGCUGCGAAAAAAGUAUCUCUAGACUACAAAUUCGUUGACAGCAUAUUCGAAUUACAACAUCUUAUUCAUUUUAUAAUACACAACAAGACCUACAUUACUCAUGACAUAUCUUGGAACUCCCUGUUUACACUGUACGAAGGCUGCGUAGGCGUGUUGAACAGUUUGAUCGUCGCUAGAGAAGAGAUUUUAGAAGACAGAUGGCCAUGCUACAUGCAGUGCUACAGAGCACUAGUGACGUCAUUGUGCGAACGAGCCACAUCGCAUGCGCAGCUCGACAGAAACGUGGAGGAGAAACUGGCAGAAAUUGCACACAACAUUGAGAAAUUAACUCAAACCAUCUGCAAACGCAAAAAGCACCUGUCCCGUAUCGCAGCCUACACAGUGGCAGACCUGUGCACGUCCCUCGAAAGGAACGGCCCCCCCAAAAUGGUCCGACAGCAUCUCGAAAAUUCCGUGGUACUACUCAUAGAGGCUUCUGACAGCAGUUAUGCUAUGCCAUUCUUGAAACGUGCCUUGGCUGGUUCCGCUGGGCAAAUGACUAUGACUAAUUUAUUCACUAUGUAUAAAAGAUAUCAUAAAUAUGUUGGAAAUGCUUAG